AAUCAAGCAAAUAUAGAUAAUUUUUAAAUUUCUAGUUGUAGUAUUUGUUUACAAAACUAUUAUAUGAAAAAUCCUUCUACUGAAUCUCCUACUCAAAAUUCUGCAUAAUGCAUACCGUGCCCUAAUGGAACUCUUAGUACUGGAGCUUAAACAGUUGAUCAAUCUGUAUGCAACUCUUGUGCAAUAAAUUAUUAUAUGGCCUAAAGCUCAAUAGCUGCUUCAUAAAAUAAUAAUAAUUAAGGAGUGGCUGCUUAAUGUUUAGUUUGUCCAUUAGGAAGUGGUAAUUUAGAAGUUUCAAAUGUGUAAGGUGAUAUUUCUCAGUGUUCUAUAUGCUUAGAAAACUACUUUAUGGUAUCUCCUGCAAUUUAAUCAUCUAAAGGAAUAUAAUCCUCCGCUGCAUAAUGCCUUCCUUGCCCUAGUAAUUCUUAUAACCCUAAAAAUUCUUAAUAAGGAUAUUGCACUUGCUAUGAUUAAAAUGCAACUCCUUUAUCAUCUUAAGUCUAAUCAUGCAACUGUAAAAAUGGUUAUUCUGGAUAUGUUGCUACUUCAUAAAAUGCUCCAUCAGGUUGUUUUCCUUGUCCAUAAGGCUUUUACUCCAAUAGUUCUACUUCUUAUAAAUGCAUAUUGUGUCCUUCUGGAUCUUAUAUAAAUAACGAUUAAAGUAAUUGUAUUUGCAAUGAUAAUAGCUUAGCAGUAUAUUUUGAUCCUAGAAGCUAAUCUUGUAAAUGCUAGAAAGAUUAUUUUGGAAAUCCAUCAUAAGCUACUUUAAAUACUAUUGGAUCUUGUACUCCAUGCCCUAAAAAAUUAAAAAUGAGCUAAUUUUAAAAUGAAAUAAUGAAAUCUUAAUGUAUAUUUUAUACAUUUUAAAAUUUAGUUUCAUUUAGCUUAAUACUAGCUACUAUACAAUUAUGUAUUCUACUUUGA